AUGGUUUACAAGGUUGCUGACAUCUCCCUCGCCGCGUUUGGCCGCAAGGAAAUCGAAAUUGCCGAAAAUGAGAUGCCGGGUCUCAUCUACAUCCGUCAAAAGUACAAGGAAGCUCAGCCCUUGAAGGGCGCUCGCAUCGCCGGAUGCUUGCACAUGACCAUCCAAACCGCUGUGCUUAUCGAGACUUUGACCGCCCUCGGGGCUGAAGUUACCUGGUCUUCGUGCAACAUCUUCUCCACUCAGGACCACGCCGCUGCUGCCAUCGCGGCUACUGGUGUCCCCGUUUUUGCCUGGAAGGGUGAGACCGAGGAAGAGUACACGUGGUGCAUUGAGCAGACCCUGGCUGCUUUCCCCGGUGACAAGCCUUUGAACAUGAUUCUCGACGACGGAGGAGAUCUUACCACCCUCGUUCACGAAAAGUACCCUCAAUAUCUCCAGGACAUUCGCGGUGUUUCUGAGGAGACCACGACGGGUGUGCACCACUUGUACAAGGCCUUCCGUGAGGGAAAGCUCAAGAUUCCUGCGAUCAACGUCAACGACUCGGUUACCAAGUCCAAGUUUGACAACUACUAUGGAUGUCGCGAAUCGCUUGUUGAUGGUAUCAAGCGCGCAACUGAUGUGAUGCUUGCCGGCAAGGUCGCUGUGGUUGCCGGAUUUGGUGAUGUCGGAAAGGGCUGCGCCGAGUCCCUUCGUUCGUAUGGUGCUCGUGUUCUCGUCACCGAGAUCGAUCCCAUCAAUGCGCUCCAGGCGGCUAUGGCGGGCUAUGAGGUCACCACCAUGGAAGAUGCUGCGCAUCGUUCCAAUGUAUUUGUUACCACCACUGGUAACCGGGAUAUCAUCGUCGGCAAGCACUUUGAGGUCAUGCCCGAGGAUGCCAUCGUUUGCAACAUCGGUCACUUUGAUAUUGAAGUUGAUGUUGCUUGGUUGAAGAGCAACGCCAAGCAGGUCGUCAACGUCAAGCCCCAGGUCGACCGCUUCACCAUGCCCAACGGCCGCCACAUUAUCCUUCUCGCCGAGGGCCGUCUUGUCAACCUUGGAUGCGCCACUGGCCACCCUUCGUUCGUCAUGUCCUGCUCCUUCUCCAACCAGGUCCUUGCCCAGAUUGCUCUCUGGACUCGCCCAGGCGACUUCCCUCUCGGUGUUCACAUGCUUCCCAAGGAGCUCGAUGAGGAAGUCGCUCGCGCUCACCUUGCGCAGCUCAACGUCAAGUUGACCACUCUCUCCGAUGUCCAGUCCAAGUACCUCGACAUUCCUGUCAACGGCCCUUACAAGGCGUCUCACUACCGCUACUAA